AUGCCGACUAACCGGAACAGUCCGAUCAAUACCAUCAUUUUCUUCGCCGUCUUCUUCCUUCUUACGACCGUAACAGCAACAAGAAACUGGACUAAUCAAACCCGUCGAGGCAACCAGAGAAUUCCACACGCGUACUACUCUUAUCCUCACCGUUCAUGCGAAUCUUUCUCUCGUCCAUACGCACGAUCUAUGUGCAUUGAGCUCGAAAGAAUCCAUAGAAGCAGUCGUCAACCACUUUUCUCUCCGCCGCCUCCUCCGCCGGAGAUUGACUUAAGGUACGGCGUCGACAAAAGACUCGUCCCUUCCGGUCCAAACCCGCUUCACAACUGA